CAUGAACUCCAGCGAUUCCUACUUUUCUUUUUCCAAAUUCCGGCUCAGCAGAACUUAAUAGAUGCAGGUCGGCUUCGAACCCCAGUACAUAAAGCACAGCACGUCACUCGAUUAAUGUCGUCAAACUUCAAGAUGAGUACGAUUAUACAGCAACGCCCAGUUGAGGAUCCCCCGCGCGAGCCAGUAUACAUACCGACUUCCCACACAUCGGAAGUUCCGAACUACCCUUUCGUUAGUGGCGACGACGAAAUCAAGAAAUUCCUCGAGACCCAGUUUCUCACCAGCGCACUGGACGAACUGUCUCCCUGGCUCUGGCUGGUCGCCACGCCGAAAAGCUCACACAUUUCCAGUCUUCACGAACAGCUGGUACGAGAGCGCGAGAUAGUUAUCACCGAGAAGGCGUCCCUACAUCUUUUAUGGCACGGCAACAGGGUGUUCAUCAAGCCGCUCCCGUCAUACUUGUUCGAUGAAACUUUCCAACAGCAGUAUGUAGUCAAAGGUUCCGCCGUCGAAAAGGCUAUCCGUGGCUAUCUGCGCUCCUACACAUACCUCCUCCAGAGUCCGUCCGAUCUCGAAGUAGCGAUUGAGCUCAAGCUCCUCCCGCGACGGCUGAUCGAGCAGUUAGAGAAGUCAAAGGCCCAAGGCGCCCCAUGGCGCGACUUCUUCUCCAUUCUGCGAGAAUUCCACGAGAUCCCCGACGACACGGUGUCGAGGCGAUACCGCUACGGAGACCUACGGCUGGGCCGCGUCAACUUCUGGAACCGCGUGUUUCGCUUCGAAAUGUACUACCACAAGCCGUACGGGCAGUACGGAACGUAUUUCGGCCAGUUCGUGGAGCCGUUCGUCUUCGUCUUCGGCACGGCGAGCGUGGUGCUCUCCGCUAUGCAGGUGGUCCUCGCCGCUAUCGACGGAUCGCAGUCGCCGGAUUGGAAUAUCUUCUUUCACGUUUCAAAGUGGUUCUCGGUCGGGAGUGUCGUAUUUGUCGCCGCGACCAUCUCCCUCAUAGCAGCGACCUUUGUUCUUCUGAUUCUGAGGGAGGCCGUGUUUGCUCUCCGUGGUGUUUUCAGACGCAAGAGGAAAAGUCAAUAGUGGUAUGUAGCGUGGGUCGCUGAACUUGGAGCAAGCCUGCGGUGGAUAUGAUGGAGGUGGAGCACUACUUUUAUUCUACUGGCGCGGAGAUGGAUAGGAUUGGAAUAUUUUCUUGCACGUUUCACAGUGGUCCUCGGUUGGGAGUAUCAUCUUUGUGGCUGCGGUUCUCUUCAUCUUAGCAGCGACCUUUGUUCUUCUGGUCUUGAGAGAGGCCAUGUUUGCUCUCCAUGCUGUUCUCAGACGCAAGAAGAAAGUCAAUGGUGGUAUGUAGCGUGGGUCGCUGGACUUGGGGCAAGCCUGCGGUGGAUAUAAUGGAGAUGGAGCACUAGGUACUUUAAAUGGAUCAGCGCGGAGAUGGAUAUUUCAUAGGUGGAGGCAAACCUACAGGAAUUUGGUGUUUUGUUUUGGUACCGACGGGGAGUCCUUCUUGAUUACCCUCGAAUACAGUC